AUGGAUAUAUUCGGCCGUUGCAACGGCGGUGGUGGUAGCACGAUAACAGGAAGUGAAAUUGGUACCGCGAUAGUGACAAGUUCUGAAUCGAGAAGUGUUAUUGCGAGUGGAACUUCAAGUGGAACUGCAGAUAGUACUGGAACUGUAGCUGUAAGUGCAGUUGGAACUGGGACGGGAACCCGAAGCAGGAUGCAGUUGACUGGAGCAUCAGCGCCUGGAGCGGCGGCAUCUCCAGAGUCUGGAGUCUCGCCUCUUGCUGAUGCCUACAUGAAGAUGACCAGUGAUAUUCUCGCUGAAAGAACUCUGGGGGAUUCCGCUGGACUCUGGGGUGGCGAACAUUCUGGAGAACUUGUCAAGACUGGAUCUCCUCAUUUGGCCUGUACCGCUUUGCCAGCUCACUGGAGAUCGAACAAAACACUUCCGCAGGCAUUUAAGGUUGUAGCCUUUGGGGAAGUUGGAGAUGGAACCUUGGUAACCGUCAGAGCUGGUAAUGACGAGAAUUGUUGUGCUGAACUUAGGAACUCUACGGCUUUGAUGAAAAAUCAAAUAGCUAAAUUCAACGACCUGAGGUUCGUCGGUAGAAGCGGCAGAGGUAAGAGUUUCACACUGACGAUAACAGUAUCAACGACACCUCCUCAAGUUGCUACCUAUACUAAGGCAAUAAAGGUGACGGUCGAUGGGCCACGUGAGCCCCGAUCCAAGACCAGUGAGUAUCACUUGUUGUCACUUUUAGGGCAACAGCAGCAGUAUGCCCACGCCUUCGCCUUCGCUUCGCAGAGAGGAGGUCCUUUUUUUGCUGCGCCCUUGGUGGAUCCUCUUCAGCCGCUAUCAAAUCCCCUUCAACCGCUAUCGAAUCCCCUACAACCGCGGGAUCCACUCUCAUCAUUUAGACAUGCCAUGCCUGGCAAUUGUCAAAAUAUGUCGCAAUUUGGAUUGACGGCCAGUAACUCCUGGGGAUAUGGAAGCACGGCAGGAUAUGCAGGAUACCUUCCUGGACCAUUAUCGUCUUGUGCGGCGCAAGCACCAUUUCCACCACCCCCGCCCCCACCUCCACCCCCACCCCCGCCAACGUCAGCAUUGACUUCGUUCGCAGGUAGUGUUACCAUGAGUACUCCAGCGGCUCCAGAUUCUACGGCGGGUUCAACUGUAGCUUCCGGUACCACUGGUACCACACCACAACAAGAUGCUUUCUCCGCGGUCUCUUCUUUAGUACCAGACACAACAACACCAGGCCAAGCAGAUCCCUUGGAUCCUUUGAGCACCCUAAUGGGAUCCACAGCCAGUCAGAGGUACCAAGAAUAUGUCUCCCCUCGAUCUCUUUCAACAGACUCGAGUACAACCGAAAGUCCUGUCCAUGAAGAACAAGUUUUUGGUCAAAAUUAUGGAAAUUAUUUUCCAACUCCCAGUGUAUUACCCAGCAUACUCUAUUCUCAACUUUAUGGUAACCAAUUCCAAAAUUCGGAAAGUCCUGAGCAAAGAGCUGUGGCUGAUAAUUGUAGUGUUCGUCAAGAAGAGGUCAGGCCUGACAAUAAUGUCUGGAGACCUUACUGAAAAUUGAGUACCGGAAGUCACUAUUUCGUGCUUCAACAUUUUUAUCCGGUACCUUAAGUACUAUAUUUUCCAAGACUGUGAAAGACUUUUCCAAGAAUAGAAAGAACUUGUGAAGAACUUAGAGAAAGUUCUAGAAAGAAUUUAUUCAUUCGAACUGUGGGCAUUAUCCGGAUUCGACGCCAAAGUGAAUCUGACUGAUUCAAACUAGUUCAUAUUGGAUCAAAAAUAAUAUUUUAUUAGUUUUUUGGUCGUAAUUUCAAAAUUCUGGUUGUGUAUCGUCGUCAACGAAUCUUAGAGAGCAAAAUGUGCAGCGAGUGAUUUGUUUGAGUUCCACAGGUAUUUGUUUUGUAUGAAAGAAAUUAAUUUGGUGUGAAAGAUAAGAGAAAAAGCACAAGAAUACAAAUCUGUAUAUAUUUGUAAAUAGCUGAUAGAAUAUUGUCGUCCCAUCGAACCAUAAUCGCAAUUAAGAACGAGAGAUUAACUAUUUCUUUAAUUAUGUUUCAUAGUAUAUUGCAUAUAAUUAUGUACGUUGCUAUUGAGGGUCUGUGCAAUAAUUUAUUAUGUUCUCCUAUGGAAAAGUGUUCAUCUCGUUAGGCCUUCAGUGAAAGCUAAACAUCGACAUUAAACUUGAAGGAAUGAGUCUCAAAUAAUCUUCUGCAAAUGUGCGAAAACAUUGUUUUACUUUACGUAGUUUUGGAGGAAUUGCGUUAGAAUCAACGAAAAAAUUGACGAAUAAAUAAUUUAACCCUGAAGUUUAUUUCACAGGAUUUUUACAUCGAAAUUUUUAUCGAAUUGAUUGAUAGGGAAGAUUUUGUUGAAUAUUAUAUA